CCCAGGUGAGCGCCGCUUCCGGGGUCGGGAGCCCGCUGUGCCGGCGGCUCGGCGUCCCCUCGGUCGGUUGCGCGGGCUAGGGAGGCUAUGGCGUCCUCCUCUGUCCCGCCGGCCACCGUACCGGCGGCGGCGGCGGCGGCGGCAGCGGCCCCGGGCUUCGGCUUCGCCUCCAAGACCAAGAAGAAGCACUUCGUGCAGCAGAAGGUGAAGGUGUUCCGGGCGGCGGACCCGCUGCUGGGCGUGUUCCUGUGGGGCGUCGCCCACUCGAUCAAUGAGCUCAGCCAGGUGCCUCCCCCAGUGAUGCUGCUGCCAGACGACUUUAAGGCGAGCUCCAAGAUCAAGGUCAACAAUCACCUUUUCCACAGAGAAAACCUGCCUAGUCAUUUCAAGUUCAAGGAGUACUGCCCCCAGGUCUUCAGGAACCUCCGUGAUCGCUUUGGCAUUGAUGACCAAGAUUACCUGGUAUCCCUCACCCGAAGUCCCCCGAGUGAAAGUGAAGGCAGCGAUGGUCGCUUCCUUAUCUCCUACGAUCGAACUCUGGUCAUCAAAGAAGUAUCCAGUGAGGACAUUGCUGACAUGCAUAGCAACCUCUCGAACUACCACCAGUACAUUGUGAAGUGCCAUGGCAACACACUGCUGCCCCAGUUCCUGGGGAUGUACCGAGUUAGCGUGGACAAUGAAGACAGCUACAUGCUUGUGAUGCGCAACAUGUUUAGCCACCGUCUUCCUGUGCACAGGAAGUAUGACCUCAAGGGCUCCCUAGUGUCCCGAGAAGCCAGCGAUAAGGAAAAGGUUAAAGAAUUGCCCACCCUUAAGGAUAUGGAUUUUCUCAACAAGAACCAGAAGGUUUAUAUUGGUGAAGAGGAGAAGAAAGUAUUUCUAGAGAAGCUAAAGAGAGAUGUGGAGUUCCUAGUGCAGCUGAAGAUCAUGGACUACAGCCUUCUGCUGGGCAUCCACGACAUCGUUCGGGGCUCUGACCCAGAGGAGGAGGGACCUGUGCGGGAGGAGGAGUCAGAGGGGGAUGGAGACUGUGACCUGACAGGACCACCUGCUCUGGUGGGCUCCUAUGGCACCUCCCCUGAGGGUAUUGGCAGCUACAUCCAUUCUCACCGGCCCCUGGGCCCUGGAGAAUUUGAGUCCCUCAUUGAUGUCUAUGCCAUCCGGAGUGCUGAGGGGGCCCCCCAGAAGGAGGUGUAUUUCAUGGGCCUCAUUGACAUCCUGACACAGUAUGAUGCCAAGAAGAAAGCAGCUCACGCAGCCAAAACUGUCAAGCACGGGGCUGGGGCAGAGAUCUCCACUGUCCAUCCUGAGCAGUAUGCUAAGCGGUUCCUGGAUUUUAUUACCAACAUCUUUGCCUAAGAGACUACCAGACUCCAUGCUGCUUUAUGUUCAAGGUGGCAGGGUUCCGAGAGGCUUGGGGAGCUGUGGAUAUGUUGACCACUACAACUUCUCUUCCUCUUUUGUUAAAUUCCAGCUACAGGCUCCUUCUACCCACACAACUCCAUCUUGUUGACUAGGCUUUUCCUGACCCUCAGAAAUACACUGUCCUGUCCCCCCCCACCCGCCCUCCUUUCUUCCAUUUCUCCCUCCUUUCCAGCAAUUCUGCUUGCUUCAUUAGAGUGUUACUGUUGACUCACUCCCAAGUGCCUUGAUCUUUGCAAAUGUCCUGUUGUUUCUAGAACAUAGGAGGAGAUGGGGGAAGGGGAUUACUUGCCAUCUUCAGGACCUGACUGGACGGAUGGACCUGGCUCAAGCAACUACUCUGGAUGCAUUUUGCUGGUGGGAUGAACUAAGAGUGUCUGAAUUUUGCUGAUAACUUUAUAGAACUCACUGUGGCAUGCCUCCUUCCUGGUAGACCCUGGGAUGGAGGACUUUUAAGAUACUACAGGUGUGGGUGCUGGCAUGCACACAUAUGAUGGGUUAUGGCCCAUUUUACACACUAAUGGGGUGGGGAGCGGUGAGCCAGCUGGUGCCUUACAGAGGUGGGACCCAGGAGGACUCUUGAAAUUAUUCAGGGAAUUGGAAAAGGUGUCUGUCAAGAAUUGACUACUACUCUCCAAACUCUUCCCUCACCCUACUUCCAACCCCUGCCCCUGUACUUCUGGGCACAAGAACCUAGAGAUGGCCAAACCGUUCUAGCCUGGGUGAAGAUGUUUGACUGCUACUGCUCUUCACCAGGACCUUCCACACCUCCCAAGGCUGGAACCCUUCAGCGGGGGGCGAGGGUGGGGGCAGUUUUGGAGGCUGGGAUGAUGGGCCAGGGUGUAAGGUUCACUCCCAAUGCUAAAUUUCCUUUCUUCACGUGUAGCCAUCUCUGAGGUUUUAUCCCUAGCAGGAGGAAAUAUCUCUACCUGGGUCCAUCCUGGUCAUUUCAAGAGGAUGAACGUCUCAAGUGCGGGAACCUCCUCUACUCCUUGGAGAUGUGCACCUAGCAUACUUCCUUCCCAACCCCUUCUCAAGCCCUUUUUCCAGUUGGAUGUGUUAUUCUGUUCUUUUCUGUCUUAUACUGCUACUAUGUCUCCCAGGGGACAGAUGGACUUCUUUGUCAUCUUCACUCUCCACCCCCAGAGAGGAGUCAGAGCCAUAACUCAAUCACCGGCCCCCUCCAAAGAGUUGAAAUGAGAAGUGGUAGUCUCAGAGUAUAGAGGACCCUGAGGGCCCAGAUUGUGUCCUCCCCACCCCUGAUACCUUUGGGGCUAAGGCAGCCAUUCUUGCUACCCUCCAUCCCCUUUAUGGCUUCUGCACUUUUUUAAAACAUAAAGAUGGGCACCAGCAACUGGCCUGUGGGGAUGCAAAGAUUCUUUGCUCUGUAUCUAGCUGGACUGAUCUGUCUCACAGGAAGUCAUACAGUCAUAAAGGAGAAUUCCUCUCUCCCCUUCAUCUUCUCCAAAGGAAGUAACAAGAGGAGUCCACAGUUAAGAAUUAGAGCCCCUAUAAUAUCUUCCCAUCAGGGGCCUGCUGAUCUUUUUCAUUCCAACCAUCUACCUUCCCCUUUUGAAUGCAAUAAAACUCCAUGACACCAGCAGCUGUUGCUCUUUAGAAAUUGGUUUUCUGACCAUGUGGCUGAUGUAUCAUGAGCAGAAUGGUCUUCGUUUUGUUGCUUCUGUUUUUCAUCUUUUUUGUUUUAUUAAUUAAUAAAAAAGAUCUUGUGUAUUUACUCCCAUCA